AUAAUUAUCUUUUUAAUCCAAUGGUGUUAAGGUAUCUUCGCAGUGAUAAGGUGGAGUGAGUUUAGAACCACAAAUUCUCUGUGGCAUUUGAGAACCACUAAACCUGUUCAUAGUUCUUUCCACAGGAGGAAAGAAAACAUUCCGUUUUAAACUUAUCAACAUUAACAAGAAAGAUGGCUGAAACAAGGUUGAGCAUGAAAGACAAAAGAUGGUCACUUCAUGGGAUGACAGCUCUAGUGACAGGAGGAACCCGAGGCAUAGGGUAUGCAAUCGUAGAAGAGUUAGCAGAAUUUGGGGCAGCUGUGCAUAUAUGUGCACGUAAUCAAGAAGAUAUUAAUAAAUGUUUGGAAGAAUGGAAAAACAAAGGAUUUAGCGUGACAGGGUCAGCAUGUGAUAUACUAUCUCGUGACCAACGUGAAAAUUUAAUGGAAGAUGUUGCUUCAAUCUUUCACGGAAAGCUCAACAUUCUAGUAAACAAUGCUGCAACAAGUAUAAAUAAGAGCAUCACAGAUUAUACUGCUGAAGAUAUAACAACAAUAAUGGGUACCAAUUUUGAGUCCGGUUACCACUUGUGUCAACUUGCACACCCACUUCUAAAAGCAUCUGGAUACGGGAGCAUUGUAUUCAUAUCCUCUAUUGCAGGUUUAACAGCUUUGCCUAUUUGUUCUGUCUAUGCAGCCUCUAAAGGAGCUAUCAAUCAAAUCACCAAGAACUUAGCAUUAGAAUGGGCAAAGGAUAAUAUUCGUGCAAAUGCUGUAGCACCUGGACCUGUAUUGACCUUAAUGUUGGAGUCCAUUAUGUCACAAAUGUAUUUCUUACAGAAAACUUGUGAAGGGGAAAAGGCCGUGGAUGCUUUAGUGUCUCAAACACCUGUUGGUCGCAUAGGAGAGCCUAAAGACAUAUCAGCAUUAGUUGCUUUUCUUUGCCUUCCGGCUUCUUCAUACAUCACUGGACAGAUUAUAGCAACGGAUGGGGGUUUAACAAUUUGAAAUUUUUUGGCUUAAAAGACCAAAAAUACAAAAACAGUUUCUCGAUCAACUUGAUCUGCUAGAAGCACCAAAACUAAAUAUUGUUGGAAGCUGCUAAAACAAAUAUGUGGUUUCUGCACAAGCUAAUUUGCUUUGAAGAAUUUGGUCGCUGGGUACUGUUGUGACUUGGCAAGUGCACCAGUCGUUAAGUAAUAAAGUGUACCAGAAUACGAGAUCGUUUCCACGAUGAUUGGUUUCAAGCGCUAGUUCACUAAUCGCAUUUUAGUUGGACAACCAAAAUUUAGAUGAAGAGAAUUAAAAUUAAAAACAACCAAUAACAUAUAGGUAGUUUCAAAAUUAAAAUCAAUUAAAAGGAUGAGUUGUUUAAUUAUCAAGAACGAGCGUAGUUAGGGUUUCGACUUCCCCCAAU